UGGCUUAUGAGGCUCAAAACCCCAUGUGAUUAAAAUUACUAGAGGAGUUCGCGUUCAAGUUAACCACAGGAAGUACUCUCGCUUUCUCUCACUAAUAAUUUGAUUUUCCUUCUCGGUCUCUCUCUCACAAGCUGAAAUUCAACAUCUUGGAGAGCAAUCCAAUCUUGCGUCAUACAUACAGACAUGUAUAUAUAACAAUUCCACCCAAACAUAUUUAAUCAAAACCCUAGAAUCCAACAAUGAAUUCUCUCUCAGUUUCAUCGAAACCUCUAAUAUUCUCUCUAAUCAAUCUCAUCUCCAUCAUCAUCAUAACCUUCUAUGUGAAUCCAAUCACAGCUCGCCAUAGCAUACCUUUCAGAUCAAAAAAUCUCUACCCAGAAAGUAUAGUUUGGGAUCAAUCUGCACAACAUUUCUUAAUCAGUUCUUUAACCUAUCCCAAAAUCAGCUCCGUCUCAGAUGCUGGUGUCGUCGAAACUUUCAUUCACGAUACUGAUCUUCCUGCUAAUUGUACAAUAAACGGAAUCACCAUUGACAAGAUUAAUCGUCGUCUUCUCGCUGUUGUUCAUGCCAUCGAUGAAGAACAACCCCAUUUUGAUGCCCUAGCUUCUUACGAUCUUCGGUCUCGUCAACGUCUCUUCCUCUCUCCAUUGACCGAUAUUAACGCCGUUAAUCCAAUCCGUCCAAUUGCUAACGACGUUGCCGUUGAUUUCAAGGGGAACGCUUAUGUAACCAACUCAGCUGGUAAUUUCAUCUGGAAAGUCGAUGACAAAGGAGAAUCGUCGAUCUUGUCCAGAUCUAAUACGUUUAAGAAGCACCACGUGGAAGCCGAUAAGCUGUGGAGCUUCUGCGGGCUUAACGGGGUUGCUUACGUCAACAAGGGUUACUUGCUGGUGGUACAGUCGAACACCGGCAAGAUGUUUAAAGUCGACGAGGAUACCGGAAAAGCGAGGUUGGUGUUGUUGAAUAAGAAUUUAACGGCGGCAGAUGGAAUAGCGGUUAGAGAUAACGGAGAUGUGGCGGUGAUUUCACAUCAUACAGCUUGGUUAUUGAAGACUGAUGAUAGUUGGGGUGAAGGUGUUGUGUACGAUGAAAUUGCACUUGAUGUGAAGAAAUUUGCAUCUGCAGUUGCUGUGCGAAAUGAUAAUAAAAGGGUUUAUGCGUUGUAUGGGAAUGUAAAUGAGCCUUUGAUUGAAGAGAAUAAUGUGGAAAGAGAGGAAUAUGAGAUCGAAGAGAUGGAGUGGGAAAAAGAGAGUCGGGAAGAGAAAAUUUGGAUUUAUGUUCUGGUUGGUUUUGGAUUUGCUUACUUUAUGUUUUGGAGGUUUCAAAUGCGUGAUCUUGCCAAAAACAUGAACAAAAAGACUGCCUAGAGUUUUUAUCAUAGCGAGUGCUAGAGGAGGAGGCGUUGUAAUUCUCUUUUUUGUUUAGGUUUGUUUUUCAUUUUAAUGUUGAUUGUGUUUUGAACUUUUGAUUUGAUGACUAUCUGUACAAAUUUUGCAAACAAGAACCAGAGUUUAUCAUAUCAGGAACACUGUAAUAGUGCAUCGGCUGUUGAAUUUGCUGAAAUGUAGCCUUAACAGAACUGUUUCAAUUAUCACAACCGGGAACUUAUUAUUA